AUGGAUUCUAGUUAAAGUUCAAUCAACAUGCAAUCCCUUAGCGUGUAAUAGACCAGGCUUGUGUUUCUUGCUUGAGAGAAUGGCAGUUAAAAUUGGGUCUUCGUUUUCUUGUGUUUCCACUUCUCUCUCUUCUCCUAUUCAGUCAAGAAGAAGUUCACAGAUGAGCUUAACAAGAGGAGCAUUUGACAGCCAGAAAUCUGAUGCAAAGCAGCUGAGAAAUGCUAAAGUUGUGAAGUCUUGCCAGUUCAUGCAUGGAAAGCUGAAGGUAAAAUAUUGUUUUCCAAAAAGGCGACAUAUUUUGUUUGCCACCUCCGAAGAUCAGUUAGAAUACAGUGAGCUCAAAUCAGAUGCUUCAGAUGAAGAAGAGGAAUUUCCUCUGAUUGAAGAUAUGUCUCCUGUAGACAGUUCAUAUGUUCAUAUUGAUGGAACUGGAGGAAGACCAGGUUUAAUCUCAUUUUAUAAUCGCCCUUAUAGAAAAGAAGAUGCAAACCUUGUAUCCAGCCGGGGAAGGAAUCAGGACAAUCUACUAUGGUUUGCUGCUCCUGCUGUACUUGUAUCUUCCUUCAUCUUUCCCUCGCUAUACUUGCGAAGGCUACUCUCUACUGUAUUUGAGGACUCUCUAUUAACAGGUCGGUGCAUUUUUCUAGGUUUGUGUCUUUGUUUUUAUUUAGUCAAAAAUAAAAGCAAUAACCAAUCCUUAUUAUAA